ACAAGAGAGUCGCUCCCACUCCGAGCCCUGCAGUCCCUGCCCGAGGCGCUGACACUGCCAGCCCGGGGACCGGCCGGGAUGGAAAGCCCCUGCCUUCUCACCUUCUGCCUCCUGGCGCCUCUCUGGGCUCAGAUAUGGACUGGCUACAGAGCUUGCUUAUGCACACCAGAUGUGUUCGUCACACGAUCCUUUGAUGCCCUGACAGGUGUGGCUAAGGGCAUCAACCUCUCCCAGGGGGAUGCUGGCCUCCCCGCCAGCCCCCUGGUCCUGUAUCCGUGGCGACAGCGAGCUGGGCCCAGCAGGGUGAAGAGGGCCUGGGUGAUCCCGCCCAUCAGCGUGUCCGAGAACCACAAGCGCAUCCCCCACCUCCUGGUGCAGAUCAAGUCGGAUAAGCAGCUGCCUGGGGGCGUCAUCUACAGCAUCAAGGGGCCGGGCGUGGACGAGCAGCCCCUGGGCAUCUUCUCCAUUGACAAGUUGAGCGGGAAGGUCUUCCUCAACACCAUGCUGGACCGGGAGAAGAACGACCGCUUCCGGUUGAGGGCCUUUGCCCUGGACCUGGGGGGCGCGACCCUGGAAGACCCCACUGACCUGGAGAUUGUUGUGGUGGACCAGAACGACAACCGGCCCCUGUUCCAGCAGGAGGUUUUCACGGGGCACGUGGUGGAGGGAGCCGUCCCAGGCACCUAUGUGCUGAAGGCAGAAGCCACAGACGCUGACGACCCCGACACGGACAACGCGGCCCUGCGAUACUCCAUCCUGGAGCAGGGCUCCGCCGGGCUCUUCAGCAUCAAUGAGACCACAGGCGAGAUCCGCACCGUGCAAGUGGGGCUGGACCGCGAGGUGGUGAGUGUGUAUAACCUGACUCUCCAAGUGGCCGACAUGUCGGGCGACGGCCUCGCCACCACAGCCACCGCCGUGAUCUACGUGGACGACAUCAACGACAACCCGCCCGAGUUCACCAAGCCGGAGUUCUCUGUGGAGGUGCUGGAGAACACGAGUGGCGUGGACAUCGGCCGGCUCCUGGUGCACGACAAGGACCUGCCCGGCUCCCCCAACUGGCUGGCGCGAUUCACCAUCCUGGAGGGUGACCCGGACGGGGCCUUCGCCAUCCGCACCGACCCCCGCACCAACGACGGCGUCCUCUCCGUGGUGAAGGCCCUGGACCACGAGGGGCGGGACCACUUCGCGCUCACCGUCUCCGUCCAGAACCAGAACCAGCUGCACCCGUCGGCCCCCCAGACCACGCGGGCCCUGGCCAUGGUGCAGGUGCAGGUUCAGGACGUGAACGAGGCACCCUUCUUCCCCAAGAACCCCCGGCUGGCCAGAGUGGCGGAGGGGGCGCCGCCCGGCACCGAGCUCAUCACUUUCAGCGCCAGCGACCCCGACACCCGCCAGCCUCAGGCUCUCAGUUACUCCCUGGCCUACGACCCGGCCGACUGGCUGCUGCUGGACCCGCGCUCCGGGAUGGUGCAGACCAAGCGGGAGCUGCCACGCCGCUCGCCCUUCCUGCAGGGCAGCUGGUACACCGCUGUCAUCCUGGCCAGCGAUAAGGCUGACCCGCCGAGCACGGCCACUGGCACCUUGUCCAUCGAGAUCGUGGAGGUGAACGACCACGGGCCGGCCCUGCUGCCGCUGGCGGGCGUCAUGUGCAGCGAGCCCAGCAAGGGGCGGGGGCUGCUGCUGAGUGCCAUGGACGAGGACCUGCCACCCCACGCCGAGCCCUUCCACUUCCGCCUCAGCCCCGACGCCCCCCAGCUCGCCCACAACUGGAGCCUCAGUCAGCUCAACGCGACCCACGCGGUGCUGGCAGUGUUGGUGCCGGUGCCCGCGGGGCUGCACUCCCUGCCGCUCCUGCUCAGCGACUCCGGGACGCCCCGGCAGGAGCGGGCGCAGCUGCUGAACGUCUCUGUGUGCCCCUGCAACGAGGGGGGCAGCUGCCAGGCCAGCGCGGCGGCUGCCUCCACGGCCGGGGCGGGGCUCAGCUUCGGGGCCCUGAUGAUCAUCCUCAGCAGCGUCAUCCUGCUCCUGUCGCUGGCCCUGCUGGCAGCCGUCCGGGAGCGCUGCCACCGGCGCCCGCGGCACGAGGGGCUGCUGGGGAGCUCGCAGGACGACCUGCGCGACAACAUCCUCAACUACGACGAGCAGGGCGGGGGCGAGGAGGACCAGGGCGCCUACGACAUAAACCAGCUCCGCAAUCCUGACUUCUUCCCCCUACCCUGCCCCCCGGGCAAGCAGCCAAUCCGGAGAGACACUCCCUACAGCUACGCCACCCCGCCCUAUCCACGGAAACUGCCCGCCAGCCCCUCUGACAUCGAAGACUUCAUCAAUGAGGGGCUGGAAGCAGCCGACAGCGACCCCAACAUCCCCCCCUACGACACAGCCCUCAUCUAUGACUGCGAGGGCUCCGGCUCCGUGGCCGGCUCGCUCAGCUCCAUCGUGUCCAGCCUGACGGAUGGCGACCAAGACUACGACUACCUCAGCGAGUGGGGGCCGCGCUUCCGCCGGCUGGCAGACCUGUACGGGCACUAGGGCUGGGGCAGGGAGGGGGACUCAGGGAGCGGG